AGAAAAUUCGAUUUCUUUUCUUUUUUUUUUUUAAAUCUCUCUCUUUUUCUUGCUCUCGUCCUAUCCAUCAAUAUCUCCUCGAAACGUCAACCCGAUUCCAGUUUUAAUUUUUAUUUAACUCAAUUUUCCACUUCUUCAAUAUAAUUUUUUUAACUGCCAUACCAAAGCCAACAAUCCCACAAUCUCUUUUACGUAUCUAUAUAAAGGAAGAAGUGAGGGAGAAAUCGAUUUUAAUUUUUUGUAUAUCUUUUUUGUGGUGUGUAAUUUCUACGAUGGGAGAGGAUUUUCAGGCGGGUAUUUGCAGCGAUAAUUGGUGGAGCUCUUCGAGGGUGGCGAUCGGGGGAUUGUCCCCAUGUUCGGUCGGGAUCGCUGACUUUGGCUGGCCGCCGUCCGAUGAUCAUUUUCCCGACAUCAAACCCAAGCCGUCCGAUAACUCCAUGGCUUUCCAAGAUCAUUCCGCCGCCACUUUCCCCACCUCCGAUUGGAACCAAACUGAUGAUCUCCUUUGUGGCGGUGGACGAGGUGAGAGCAACUUCAAUUACAGCCCAACCAACAUGGAUUAUUGUGAGGUUAAUUCUAUAAAAUACAGUUCAUCGAGUAGUAGUUGCCAGGGUUUGUUUCCUGUUGACUCAACUACUUUAUAUGGAUACCCUUCAAAGUUGCAGCUCCCAAGUUUAUACGAUGAUCCUCAAAGUCAUACCCUUUUCAACACUACUACUAGUGAUUUAUCUUUAUCAUCAACUCCUAAUUUUCCUUCUAAUUAUGGCCUCAAACCCUCACUCCCCAAACAGCCUCAAGCUCAGCCUAUUUCUUCUGGCUUGCACUUCACCAAUAACACACCCUUUUGGAAUGCUUCCGCCGCAGCCUCAACUGACAAUAUUCCGCAGGCCAUUGUUUCUUCCGGCCAACUUCUGGCGUCUAUACUUGAAGACAGAAACCCCAAAUGCCAAAACAGUACUCUUGCUUUGAAGGUUAUUAGUAGUGCUAAUUGUGAAGAUGGUCAAGAGGCAAUUAAGAAAGGUGAUCAUAAUAAAAAUGGUACGGCCGAGCCACCAGUGUUCAAGAGGGCUCGAAUUGAAACUCCUUCGCCAUUGCCAACAUUUAAGGUGCGGAAAGAGAAGCUAGGGGACCGAGUCACUGCCCUCCAACAACUGGUUUCACCGUUUGGAAAGACCGACACUGCCUCAGUUCUACAUGAAGCCAUUGAGUACAUCAAGUUCCUCCACGAUCAAGUCGGUGUAUUAAGUACUCCAUAUAGUUGAAUUACAGAGUUGGCCCAUGUGUUCCUGUUCCUUUCAAAUGAUCUGUUUCUGUAUGAACCAAACUUUGCCUUUUGUUUUGUUUCCUUUUGGGAUUGAAAUUGAACUGUGGAUAUAGAAAAAAAGAGCAUCAAUCGUGUGUUUGUUAAUGUUAUAAUUUUGGUCAGGAGGCAGAGGCAGAGGGGGCGGGGCGCGCGCGGCCCACUUGUUACUGCAUGCGCGCGCGUGCUCUGGGAAGGGGCCAAUGCCAUGCCCGUUUUGCUUGCCUUUUCACAAUGCACAAAAAAAUCACAAUUAAUAUCAAUAUUACACUUGCAAUUUUCUCAUCAAAU